AUGGGUAACAAGGGUCACAAGUAUAAGAAUAUAAUCGCGCCCCUGUUGCCAGAAGAUGUGAAAAGUGGUAAAAAAAUUGGAAAAGGUAUACCACGCACCAUGACAGUAAAUGAUAGCAAGAUUGAGUACAUUCAUUGGGACGAUCCCAACGAGCUUGUAGAUCACCUCCGAUUGCUCGAGGCCUCGCGCCAAGCUGGUCACAAUGCACACAACAACGAGACGCUGUCGAUUAUCGAGGAACUUCGCGAAGCGGCAGGAGUUUGCGGAUACGAUGACCUGUGGCAGGCGGAUGUGGUCGAAAUGCGUCCUUACAUGCGAUUCAACAGAGGUUACCACUACAUUCUCACCGUUAUCGAUGUGCUGAGUAAGCAUGCAUGGGCCAUACCUCUCAAGGUCAAGAGCGGAAGUGAUGUGACUAAAGCGAUCGCAGAGAUAAUUCGACACGAUGGAAGAUGUCCGAAAAAUUUACAGACCGAUAGGGAAAAGGAAUUUUAUAACGCUAACGCAUCAGUCGUCGAGCGGUUCAACCGUACGUUGAAAAACAGCAUGUGGAAGCAGUUUACACACAAUGGAAACUGUAGAUGGAUUGAUUUGCUACCGCGUCUCAUGUCAGAAUACAACGCGCGAAAACACCGAACUAUCGGUAUGCGACCCAUUGAUGUCACCCCCGCAAUCGUCAACAAGCUAACCACGGUGUAUAACCGCGUAGAGAUCGCCGCACCCGCGCGAUUCAAAGUAGGUGACUCGGUGCGCGUGAGUAAAUUCAAGACAAUUUUUGAGAAGGGUUAUACGACAAAUUGGACCACGGAAGUGUUUAAAAUCAUCAAGGUGCAGAAAACUAAUCCCGCAACGUAUCUUUUGAAAGAUUCUCGCGGAAAACCCAUAGCCGGAGAAUUCUAUGAAUACGAACUGCAUCGCGUUGCUAAUCCCGAUGUGUACCUCGUCGAAAAAGUUUUGCGUAAAAGAGGGAACGAGGUAUACGUGAAAUGGUUGGGAUUGGACGAUUCACAUAAUUCAUGGAUAUACAAGGAUAACAUGUUGUAA